AUGAAUCCGCUCUGCCCUGUCGCUGGCCAGGUCCAGCGGGCCUCGACAGCCAGCAGUUACGUGCGCAUAGCUCGCCACCUUGCGCAUCGACGUUUGGUCCGUCGAGGGCACGUUCGCUGGCUUGCUGACGCCGCGCAAGAAGACGGGGCCAAAACCCGCUUGACCUUGGCGAUUCCGUCAGAAUCCAGGUUCAACGAGAUUGGUGUGCAGCAAGUCAGCACACACGUUUUCAACCAAGUCUUUCGUGACGCCUACAAACCCCCCCACGAGGAACUAGUUAGGCUUUCAAAGGAUCACUUGCGACGCCAUGACCUCCUGGGCAAAAACACAGACACCUCCAAACCCAUCGCUUUUGAACUGCCCUGCCUACAAGGGCGCACCCUUGACGAGCACUUUUACAAGCUAGGCUCUGAUUGUGCCGAGCCUCAUCUCGCCUUUGCCAAACAGUUCGCCCGCGCCAAUGUGCCCCCCAAGCCCAGGAAAUGGGUUCGUCAGAGUGGGUGGACCAAAUACUACCCGGAUGGACGAAGCGAACCAAUAGACGUUCCUCAGGAGCGCAUGCUGUGCUUCGAUACCGAAGUCAUGUGGAAGGAAAGUUCCUACGCCGUCAUGGCCUGCGCUUCAAGCCCCACAGCCUGGUACGCAUGGAUAUCACCCUGGCUUCUUAAAGAGUCCCGAAACAAACGCCAGCUCGUUCCGCUGGGUGACCCUGCCGAGGAUCGCGUAAUCGUCGGGCACAAUGUUGGCUAUGACCGUGCUCGGGUCUUGGAAGAGUACGACAUCAAACAGUCUCGAAACGCCUUCCUUGACACCAUGUCCCUGCAUGUGGCUGUGAACGGAAUGUGUUCGCAACAGAGACCAACCUGGAUGAAGCACAAGAAGAACCGAGAACUUCGAGAGCGGGUCGCGAGCCAAACUCCCGACCACGAAUUAGCAGAACUCUUGAGCAAUCGAAGCAUGCACGAAGAAGAGGAGCUUUGGGUGGAACGCAGCUCCGUCAACUCAUUGCGCGACGUGGCCAAAUUCCAUCUAAACGUUUCUAUAGACAAAGCCGUGCGAGACGAUUUUGGUGCGCUCGACCGGGACGGAAUCCUGGCGAAACUUGAGGAGCUGUUAGACUACUGCGCUGCAGACGUGGCCAUCACCCACCGAAUCUACCAAAUAGUCUUCCCCAACUUCCUCGAGGUCUGCCCUCACCCUGUCAGCUUUGCCGCGUUGCGCCACCUUUCCUCCGUUAUCCUGCCCGUCAACGAGUCGUGGGAUGCAUACAUUGCCAACGCUGAAGCCACGUACCACAGGUUGUCGGAUGCUGUACAAGAACGUCUCAUCGGUCUGACGGAGAAGGCGCUUGAGAUCAAAGACAACCCUGAGAGAUGGCGGAAUGAUCCCUGGAUGAAGCAGCUUGAUUGGUCUGGACAGAGCAUCCGGAUGGUCAAGGGUAAAAAGAAAGAUGAUCCACCACGUCCAGCGGCUAGACAGAAGAAGCCAGGAAUGCCUCAAUGGUACAAGGAUCUCUUCGCAACCAAUACCUCGCCCAUGAACAUCACUGUUCGCACGCGAAUAGCGCCGCUUCUGCUGAGAUUGGCAUGGGAUGGCCACCCGCUUUUUUGGUCAAAUAAACAUGGCUGGACUUUCCGGGUUCCCCGGGAUGAUUCUGCCAAGUAUAGCGCAAAGCAAAUGAUCAAAUGCGAGUUCGACGAGGCCGAUCCUUCUCUCGGACAUGACAGGGACCAUGACUAUUUCAAACUCCCGCACAAAGAUGGCCCUACCGCACGCUGUGCCAACCCCAUGGCUAAAGGCUACCUGAGUUACUUUGAGAAAGGUGCACUCUCCUCCGAGUUCACUUACGCCAAGGAAGCCCUGGAGAUGAAUGCGUCGUGCUCCUACUGGAUCAGCGCCAGAGACCGGAUAAUGUCUCAAAUGGUAGUUUAUGAGGAUUAUCUGCCGAAAAACUCCACCGACCGACGAAAAGGCUCGAAAGACAAGGCGCAGAAGACGGGCUUUAUUCUUCCUCAAGUCAUUCCCAUGGGCACCAUUACCAGGCGAGCAGUGGAGAACACGUGGUUAACGGCCAGCAACGCCAAAAAGAACCGUGUAGGUUCAGAGCUGAAGGCCAUGGUCAAGGCCCCGGAGGGCUAUUGCUUCGUGGGAGCCGAUGUGGAUUCUCAGGAGCUUUGGAUAGCUAGCCUUAUGGGAGAUUCCACCUUUGGAAUUCACGGUGGCAACGCCAUUGGUUUCAUGACGCUUGAAGGCACAAAAGCAGCGGGCACCGACAUGCAUUCGCGAACUGCGUCCAUUCUUGGCAUCACAAGGAACGACGCUAAAAUCUUUAACUACGGGCGAAUAUACGGCGCCGGAUUGAAAUUCGCCGCCACCCUUUUGCGCCAGUUCAACCCCGACUUAUCCGAGAAGGAAACUAUGCAGGUGGCAUCCAAACUCUAUGCGAACACCAAGGGCACGAAAACGACUCGAAGGGUCCUUCAUGACCGUCCCUUUUGGCGUGGCGGUACGGAAUCCUUUGUCUUUAACAAACUCGAGGAGUUUGCCGAGCAAGAACGGCCACGGACUCCCGUACUUGGGGCUGGUAUCACGGAGGCCCUCAUGGGGCGGUUCAUCAGCAAGGGCGGCUACCUGACAUCACGAAUCAACUGGGCCGUUCAGUCUUCUGGUGUCGACUACCUGCACCUUCUCAUCGUCUCCAUGGACUUUCUCAUUCGCAGAUACAACAUCGGGGCACGCCUAGCCAUCACUGUCCACGACGAGAUACGCUACCUUGUCCGGGAACAAGACAGGUACAGGGCUGCGAUGGCUCUGCAAGUUGCGAAUAUCUGGACACGCGCCAUGUUCGCCCAACAAGUCGGCAUCGACGACCUCCCUCAGUCUUGUGCCUAUUUUUCCGCCAUUGACAUUGACCACGUGCUGCGCAAGGAAGUUGACAUGGACUGCGUGACUCCAAGUCACUCUACUCCUAUUCCUGCGGGAGAGAGCUUGGAUAUCAACGGGUUGCUCGACAAGGGACAAGAAGCGUUUCUAGACCCCAACAUAGUCCCUGAUGCACAGCACGCGCCGAAGCCAGAAAAGGUAAAGUACACGCCUCGUACGGCGGUAAUGGACACAAUCCUGGGGUCUUCUGGUAACAGCCAUGUCUUUAUCAAGGCGCAGAUCGUGUCAACCGAUGAAGAACUGCGCGAUAUUGUGAAAGAUCUGAAGAAAACCGCAACUGCCGCGAGUGUAGGUAAACAAAAGCCUGCAGAUAAGAGGGCCAUGAAGCAUAUCCUGCCUUAUCACGCGAACCCUCAGUUGAUACCUAUGGAAGAGCCAAUGUCAGUAUCAGAGGCUUUAAAUGCAAAGUAUCGACACGGACCCGAAACGAAGAACAAGUGGUCCUGGUCCAAAGCUGCCGCCAAGAGCCCAAGAACGACUACGAGGUUGUAG